UGUCGAGUUCCGCACUCCACAAGAACUGACAACUAACCCCCGGAAGUGAAGCUGUCCUCCGGUUUCAGCCGUACUCUAUUUCACCGAAAUAAAUUAGUUGUGUCAGCUGUAGUGAAGUAACGCGUACUGUUUAUUUAGACAUUUCCACAGCUAAAAAGAGUGAACCCUUUUAAAGAGAAACCACUAGUGUCGCAGGUUUUCUAAGAACCAAGGAGAUGGAGCUGGUUCCUCUGACAGUUGCGCUACUUUCCGUGCUGGUGGGGAGCACCUACAGCUGGAAUCAAGACAGUAUGCUGCUGAGAGACAUCCAGGCUCUGACUUUCUACAAGAACCGUUACACCACAGCGAGGCGCUCCAGCCCGGUUCCUCAGCUGAAGUGUGUUGGUGGCUCUGCAGGCUGUCAUGCCUUCAUCCCAGAGGUUGUCCAGUGUGUGAACAGAGGCUCGGAUGGUGUGGAUGUUCAGUGGGAGUGUAAGACGGAUAUGGACAAUGCCUACAGGUUUGGUGUCAUUGAGGUGAGCUGUGAGGGUUACAGCCACCCCUCUGAUGACUACAUACUGAAGGGCUCCUGUGGAUUGGAAUACAGCCUGGAAAUGACUCAAGAGGGCCAGAGGAAGACUCAAGGUAGCUUUGGCUCCCAUGGUGGAUUUAAAGAAUGGGGAGGACUUGGGGGUCUUGCUUCUAGUUUCUUCAGCAGUUUUUCUGGAAACAAGCAUCAGCAACAGCAGCACCGCCCCCCAGACAGCGAGUCUUCAGGGGGAAUGUUGGGGGUUGCUGUGCUCCUCCUCUUAGCUUAUGGUGUCUACAAGCUAUUCCUCAGUGGGGACACAGUCCAGUUGGGACAAGGUGCAGGACAGACGGGCUACCCUCAGCAUAAUCAUCCAAACAACAUGGGAGCACCACAUCCACCAGGAUUCAAACCUGACUAUACAGGGUUUCCAGGUGCCAAUCCAGGCUAUGGUUUCCGUGGUGAUUAUACUCAUGGACAACAUUACCAAGGAGGUGGCACUGGUCCUGGCACAGGCGGAGGCUUCUGGACUGGAAUGGGAACAGGAGGAAUGCUGGGAUAUCUUUUUGGUCGUCAGAGGACACAGCCGUGUAGCCCACCUCCAGCUAGAGAAAACUACUCUUCAGGGACACGCAAAGCUUCAGGUUUCGGUGGAACCAAAAGAAGAUAGGAGCUGGAAAGGUGGGAAGGUUCUCUUCAGUAGAUCGCAGGAACAACUAAGCGUCUUUCUGAGCGGAAGCAGGACAAGAGUUUCAUGAAGACGUUAGCUUAUAAAGUAAUUUGAAUUGUGAUUCUUCUGGAGAGCACGCUGUGGUGAGGUUUUUAGAGGAACAGAGCAGACUGUGGCUUCCAUUAUGAGAAUGUUUUUUGCAGUAGUGUGUUCAUUUGACUGGGAUGACAUUUCAGGUAUAUUCCAGAUUUAAUAUUCCAAGUUUUACUGAUUUACAUGGAUAAAGAUGUGUAUGGAGGAACCAAGGAAAACAUGAUAAAUAUGCGAUUGCUCUUGGUGAGGUUUGUACUCUACACAUCAUGUAGGUAACAAUCCUUUCAUUAAUAUUCCACACCUAAUAUCUUCUGAAAGAUGCAAAUCAACAACGGGUUCUGUUACAUCUUUUUUGUUAGCAUUUUUACUCUUAACAGGAUGCUUAUUUCUAUUUUGUUGUGUGAAUAAUGUUUUGCUUCUCUGUAUUAAAGGCUUAUUAAAUCUC